CUUCGACUCAGAGCGAAAACGUAUCAAACGCUGUUGGCGUUUGUAGCGAAAUUAAUAAAGUCAAACAAGAGAUCACUAUGACAACCGUAAAACCACCACCAGAACCUGAAGAACAACUUCUAACCAAAAAUAAACAGGGCAUAGAAACUAAGAAUGAAGCAGAAAACAAAACUUUCUUUGAAAAACUAUUAUACCUCAAAUCCAACAUAUCAGUGGAACCUAUUUUGGCAGGACUCGUUAUUCCUUCAAUGUUGUCCAAAUUGGCGAUACAGAAUCUCAAUUUAGAUAAAGUUUGUCGUGUCAAAAAUGACUAUGGCGACGAAAUAUGUGAUGCCCUUUUAGAAAAGAGAGGCAAUUUAAGCUCCUACGAGGCAGAAGUACAGACAGUUAUAUCAUCUAUUGAAGCAUGGAAGAGUGUGAUACAAACGUCUUUACCGACAAUCCUCGUCAUAUUUAUGGGAGCUUGGAGUGACAGAACUGGAAAUAGAAAGCUUUGCAUUCUUCUGCCGUUGUUUGGGGAGUUUUGUGUUUGUUUAAGCAAUAUAUUUAGCACGUAUUUCUUCAAGGAGAUAUCAGUGGAACUGACUAUGUUCUUGGAAGCGUUCUUUCCAUCUAUUACAGGUGGAUGGGUCAUGGUGUAUCUCGGUGUGUUUAGUUAUAUAAGUGACAUCACAACCCCUGAGUCGCGGACUUUUCGUGUUGGUUUAGUCAAUUUGUGUUUAACUGCUGGAAUUCCAGUAGGCACAGCUCUGAGUGGGAUUUUAUUGAAAAUUUGGGGAUACUACGGUGUAUUCACUAUUUCGGGCUUCAUUUAUUUAAUAACUUUACUAUACGGAUACAUUUAUUUGGAAAAUAGGACAAAACCUGGAACUGAAAAGGUAAAGCCUUUUAAAAUAACCGAAGUUUUUUCACUGGUAAAAGAAACAGCUGUUGUUGCAUUUAAGAAAAGAGAUGGGAAUUUGCGAAAAAAGAUUAUUCUUACCCUUUCCGUUGUUGCUAUUGUAUAUGGACCGAACCAUGGCGAGAGAAUAAUCACCUACAUGUUUGUGAGAUAUCGGCUGAAAUGGGAUGCUUUGAAAUUCAGCCUCUAUUCCACUUACAGCCUCAUCACACAUUCACUAGGGGCUCUGUUUUCAAUUAGUGUGUUCAGCAAACACUGGGGUUUCCACGACAGCAUGUUAUGUCUCAUAUCUAUAGUCAGUAAAUUAAUUGGCUCAGUGUAUCUCGCAUUUGUUACGACUGAUAUGGAAAUGUUUAUGGUGCCAAUAGUUGAAAUUCUAAACGCAACAACGUUCACCUCUCUGAGGUCGAUGGCUUCGAAGCUAGUUCGAGACGAAGAAAUGGGUAAAAUGAAUUCGCUAUUCAGCCUGGUGGAGACGUUGGCGGCAUUGCUCUUUGAUCCCACGUACUCGAUACUGUACGCUCGUACUAUAUCGAUAUUUACCGGGUCCGUGUUCAUUUUUAGCGCAGUUAUGUCGGUACCGGCUAUUGCUAUUUUAAUGUGGCUUUUUAUCCAGCAUCGAAGGGAAAGGAAAGAAAAAAGAAAAGAAGAUACUGAAUUGAAUUUAAAAUUAUAAUAUAAAGUAUUACGAAA